AAUUUAAUUCGGUUAAAAUAUACUUCUUGAUAGGAUUGAAGGUUUGAGUUCAAUUAGACCGGUCCGGUCUGAAUUUUACAACACACAAGGAACCCUUGAAGUUCUAUUUACAACACACAAGGAACCCUUGAAGUUCUAUUUACAUUGUCACGCCUUAUCUUUUUAUGACUUAUUCAUUGUACGUGUUUUUCCAAUAUUUAUUCUUAGGAUGCAUGCCGUGAAGAGAUUGUGGUUGCAAAAACCAUGUUCCCGCAAUAUGUGUACUAUUACAACACCACAAUUGAACUACAUGAUUAAUACUCACAUACACAACAACAACGUAAAAUAUGCUCACAAACUGUUGGAUGAAAACCCUUUAUCCUGCAACAUUGUUUCCUGGAAUAUGAUUAUGACGGCCUAUGUUCAACACCAUCAAAUUGGACUUGCUCAUCAACUGUUCGAUAAAAUGCCCCUUAAAGACGCUGUUUCAUGGAACAUCAUGCUCUCUGGUUUUAUGAAAACCAGAAACACAGAGGGACUUUACCAAUGUUUCUUGCAAAUGGGAAGAGCUGGUGUAGUGCCCAAUGACUAUACAAUCUCCAAAUUGCUUAGAGCAGUUAUUUGUACUGAGUUGGAAGUUUUGGUGUAUCAAGUUCAUGCUAUGGCUUCUCAUUUGGGACUCAACUUGAAUGUUUUUGUUGGGUCUUCUUUGAUUCGAGCUUAUGCGGCUUUAAGGGAAGAAGAAGCUUUAAGUCGAGCAUUUGAUGAUAUAUCGAUGAAAGAUGUUACCUCUUGGAAUGCUUUGGUUUCUGGUUAUAUGGAAUUGGGAAUGAUGGUUGAUGCUCAAACAGCAUUUGAUCUAAUGCCUCAAAGAAACGUAAUUUCAUGGACUACUUUAGUGAAUGGUUAUGUCAAGAACAAUCGAGUUAAUAAAGCGCGGUCUGUUUUUGACAAAAUGAGCGAGAGAAAUGUGGUUUCUUGGACGGUAAUGAUUAGUGGGUAUGUGCAAAACAAGAGAUUUAUGGCUGCAUUGAAGCUUUUUCUUCUUAUGUUUGAGAGUGGAACUCGUCCCAAUCAUUUCACAUUUUCAAGUGUAUUGGAUGCAUGUGCAGGUUGUUCCUCACUUCUGAUGGGGUUACAGGUUCAUCUGUGUAUUGUCAAGUCCGGCAUACCAAAUGAUGUUAUCUGGUUGACCUCACUUGUUGAUAUGUAUGCAAAAUGUGGAGAUAUGGAUGCGGCUUUUUGUGUUUUCGAGUCGAUUAUGGAUAAGAAUUUGGUAUCUUGGAAUGCGAUAAUUGGAGGUUACGCAAGUCAUGGGCUAGCUGCACGAGCACUGGAGGAGUUUGAUAGGAUGAAAAAUGUUGGCGUUACACCUGAUGAAGUUACAUUUGUGAAUGUGUUGUCAGCAUGUGUCCAUGCUGGUCUUGUUGAAGAGGGCGAAAAGCAUUUCGCAGCUAUGCUGACCGAGUAUGGAAAGCCAGCAGAGAUGGAGCAUUAUACUUGCAUGGUGGACCUAUAUGGAAGAGCAGGGAGAUUUAAUGAAGCAGAAAAACUAAUCAAGAGUAUGCCAUUUGAGCCUGAUGUGGUUUUGUGGGGUGCAUUACUUGCAGCUUGUGGCCUGCAUUCAAAUUUGGAACUUGGAGAGUAUGCUGCCGAGAGGAUUCGCAGACUUGAGAGCAAUCAUCCUGUUUCUUACUCAAUGCUUUCAAAGAUCCAAGGUGAGAAAGGAAUAUGGAGCAGUGUGAAUGAACUGAGGGAGAAAAUGAAGGAGAGAGGGAUUAAAAAGCAGAAGGCAAUUAGUUGGCUUGAGUGAUAUUAUGAUCUCACCCCGUAAGUUCAGGCAAAUGAUAAAAAUUGUGUGGAAUUCAGACAAAAGGUUUAUUUUGGGUGCUGCUAAUCCCUUUAAGGAAAUUUCUCUGUAUGGUAAUUGUUCCGACCUCAAGUCUGCAAAACUACAUUUUUGAAAUGUCUGCUUUGGGUCUCGUAUAAAUAUAAGUCAUCACGGUUGUCAUUUGUAAACGACGCCCCAAUGAGUUGCGGAGUGUAAUGUUUAUAAACUAACCUUAGCCUCGACUUUCAAAUAACGUGAGACUUUUUGGUGUACCGAAACAAUAAUGAUUAUAUUAAAACCUACAAGUGUAAAGCAAUCAGAAACCUUGCGUAUAUGCAAUAACUGACAAAGCUAUCAGAGAUAUGAUAAAAGGGUAACUUUUUCCUUUCUUAUAUUUACAUGUGUAGUUUGAGUUUUAGACAUUGUGUCUACUUUAUUUGUUUUAAGCUAUAACUUCUUACUCUCACUCUUGCUUUGUUUCCAAGUGAAGUUAAUCAAUCAGUAUUCGCAACUUAUUAAA